AUGCCUUCUCGAGAACGUUCUCCAAGCAGCGGACUAGGUUUUCAGAGUGAUUCAUCAAGGUCUUCGCCGCCAGAUGCGGGUGUUACUGCACACAAGCGCAAGAGGUCACCUACCCGGUCUGUUUCCUCACGCAGCACUUCGUCGCGUUCUCCUUCGAGAUCCAGGUCGCCACCGCCAAGGUCAAGAAGGAGAAGAAGAUCGAGCAGAGAUCGCUCACAGUCGUCGAAUAGCGAUGAGAGCACAGAAGAAAGGAAGAACACUACUCGGGCGCGCGAGGCUUUAGAGCAGAAUGCAAAGACACUUGAAAUCGCCGCCAAGGGCGAGGCUCUUCGUUCAACCCUAGCGCAGCUAUCCGCUACCAAGUCUGGUGGAGCAUAUGUUCCGCCGGCACGUCUCAAGGCGCUCAUGGCCGAAGCCGCUGCAGCCGACCCUGGUAGUGUCGAGUAUCAGCGAAUGAGUUGGGACGCUCUCAAAAAGAGCAUCACCGGCCUCGUCAACAAAGUGGCCGUGGAGAACAUCAAGAGCAUCGUCCCCGAACUCUUCGGCGGUGCCAACCUCAUUCGUGGCCGUGGCCUCUACUGCCGCUCCAUCAUGCGCGCGCAAGCGCUCUCACUAUCAUUCACCCCCGUCUUUGCUGCGCUCACAGCUAUUGUCAACACCAAACUUCCCAUGAUCGGAGAGCUGCUCGCUGUUCGUCUGGUAUCGCAGUUCCGACGCUCCUUCAAGCGUAACGAUAAGGCAGUCUGCAACUCGACUGCCAUGUUUCUCGCCCAUCUCGUCAACCAGAGGGUCGUGCACGAAGUUCUCGCCCUCGAAAUUCUCGUUCUUCUUCUUGAAAAGCCCACCGACGAUAGUGUCGAGAUCGCAGUUGGUUUUAUGCGCGAGGUUGGUGCUUUCCUUACCGAGGAAGCGCCUAAAGCGAACAAUAGCAUCUUUGACCGCUUCCGAGCCGUCCUCUACGAAGGAGAAAUAAGCAAACGUGUGCAAUACAUGAUCGAGGUGCUAUCUCAGGUGCGACGCGAAGGAUUCAAGGAAAAUCCACGCAUUCCCGACGCGCUUGACCUAGUCGAAGAGGACGACCAAAUCACCCAUCGUAUCAGUUUGGACGAUCAACUCAACAUCGAAGAGGGUCUCAAUGUCUUUAAAAUGGAUCCAGAAUUUGUCGAAAACGAGGAACGAUAUCGUUCUAUCAAAGCUGAGAUUCUCGGCGAAAAUUCUGACAGUGACAAAACCGGUUCUGAAGCUGAUAGCGAGAGCGGCAGCAGCUCUGACGAUAGCUCCGACGACGAGGCUGGCGAGGGCCCAGACGAUGCUCAGCGUCAGCUCGAGAUUCACGACAGGACCGAAACAAAUCUUAUCAACCUCCGAAGGACCAUCUAUCUCACCAUCAUGUCCUCACUCGACUUUGAAGAGAGCGUGCACAAGCUGCUCAAACUUGAGGUGCCGGAAGGCCAAGACAUUGAGCUCUGCAACAUGAUUGUCGAAUGUUGCUCGCAGGAGCGUACCUACAGCAAAUUCUACGGCAACAUGGGCGAACGCUUCUGCAAGCUGCAUCGGAAAUGGGCCGAUACAUUUGCGCAGAGUUUUAGUAACUACUACGAUACCAUCCAUCGCUACGAGACAAAUCGACUGCGAAACAUUGCCCGGUUUUUUGGCCACCUCUUUUCUACUGAUAGUAUCAGCUGGGCAUCCAUGUCUGUCAUCCACAUGAACGAGGAAGAUACCACAAGCAGUUCGAGAAUCUUUGUCAAGAUCAUGUUUCAAGAGAUGCAGCAGCAGCUUGGCCUCAAGGAGCUCGCUGAGCGUUUCAAGGAGCCCAGCUUGCAAGAAAACUGGAAGGGUCUUUUCCCUACAGACAAUCCCAAGAGCACACGCUUCUCGAUCAACUACUUCACGUCGAUCGGCUUAGGUGUAUUGACGGAAGAAAUGCGCGAGUAUCUCAAAAAUGCUCCCAAAUUAUUGUUGGCGCAGCGUCAAGCUGCUUUGGCAGCACGAGGCUCGGACAAUAGUGACUCCGACUCAUCCAGUGUCCUGUCUAGCAGUACGGGUUCGCGCAGCAGAACUUCUUACUCUUCCUACUCGCGCUCGUCACGCUCCUACUCGUCCGGGUCCGGAUCUUACUCUUCCAGAUCUCGCUCAUCACGUUCGUACUCCUCGCGCUCCUACUCGAGCCGCUCGUAUUCUUCCCGCAGUCGCAGUCGCAGUCGCAGUCGCAGUCGUAGUCGUAGUCGUAGUCGUAGUCGCAGCCGCAGCCGCAGCCGCAGCCGCAGUCCGUCUGAGCACCAACGUCACGGCAGACGCCGCGCACGAUCUGCUUCGUAUUCAUCGUAUUCUUCUAGGUCGAGGUCGAGUUCGAGUUCGAGUUCGAGAUCGAGAUCCAGGUCCAGAUCCAGGUCACGGUCAUUUUCGCGCUCGCUCACUCCAAGAGGCUCUUAUUCGCGUUCUUGUUCGCGCUCUCCUGUGCCGAGACGACGCGCGCCACGUUCUCGCUCACGGUCUGCAGAUCCGAGAAAGCGAUCCAGCCGCCGAUCACCAUCUGUGUCGUCCUACUCUGGCUCUGAGACGGAUGACUCGAUAUCGCGCUCUCCUUCACCUCGAGCUGGCUAUGUUGAUCGUCGGUCUCAUCGUCAUUCCCGAUCCGCUUCGCCUGCCCGACGAUAG